CUUACUGAGUACGUGACUGUCUUCGAGACGAAACGCAGGAGCUAACAUUUCCUACACCCCAACCUGUGGUGCCGAGUGCAGAAUAAUGCCGAGUCCACUCUCUCAACUACGCGUUGAGCCACAAAGUCCGCACUCUUCAAGGGACGAGCAUGGUCGGUGGAACAGUAACGAGUUCGGAUGGUUCGAUAUCGAGCCAUUACUGACCUCGCGCACAGCGUCGUUCCAUUCUGGGUUCUGGGAAAGCGAGAAUGGGGAGGGCGUGUUCUUGCAAGAGCCGACCGGAUGUAGGCAAGACAACAACAGUGCGCUACCACGCGCUCUUGAACGCGUGUUCUGCUGGCUCGAGGAGGUAGAAGCAGGUUGCCACGGUGCAAGUGGCGUUGACGAGACUAUCAUCAACACAGACGCUUUGCUUUCCUUGCGAGCACCUCGCUCUCCAUCCAGGCGAGAGAGUGACAAGGUGAUUACCUCUUGUGCCGUGACGAAAGCCGACUUCAGCGUGGCGUCGAGGGACCAACCGUCUCUUGCGAUAGGCAUCUACGCCCAUCGAUUGGUUUGCCGUUCAAGGUGGCUGUUCUGGUCCAAACGCUAUGUGGAGUACCUCGUAGUCACGGGCACUGAGACCGAGCUUCUCAGUGCUUGGCGUUCCUACCCAGACUUCUAUUCUCUCGCCCUUACCGUGCGGACUCUGCGUGCACACGGAGCAGCUAAUUUGUGGGACCGGCUGGAUCAGGCACUAGGGCCCCACCGUCGAACGGACCCCGAAGGCGUCCGGACGGAAGCCCGGGUGCUGAGCCGCUUCUUGACAACCGUGCUGGAGGAGCUGGUUGACACGGACGUUGGGGUGCUUGCGGACUUUGUUCGCGAGCCAACGACCUAUCUCGUCGUGGGUGUGGAAGACAUCGCCAGCGACGAGUCUGAGAAGCAAGACGAACCACUCGCAUCGACCCCCGAAGAACUGGAGAAGAGGGACUCAAUUCGUGGUGUUGAACGCUGUGGCAGAUCGAUUUCGUGCCCUCCCGCAGAUAGGAUUUUCGGAGCAAAAGUCGGGCAUCCGAUGAAGUGGGAGACGAGGGAGUCGUUACUUCAGCCAACGCCGCGGUCUUUGGUCGGGUUGUGAGAAGUGCGCACUCCGGGCUCGUCUGAGACUCUUGCCAGGGGUGAAGCGUGUGUCGGGAGCACGAUUUAUGCAGUGGUGCUGGCUGUUGUUCUUGUGGUUGUUGCUGUUGCUGGUGCUACUGUUUUUGGUUUGUUGUCGUGUAGUCGAUGUCUCAGGUGUAGUCUAUACCCGUACUUGGUGCAACGUUCACUGGCACCAUCCGUGGUCACGCCAUCCAGCAAUGUACCACCGAUAAAAUGAACGGGCCGAUAAAAUAGCACAAAACGCGAUUGCUUAUAUGACAGAGUGGAGAGGUCGUUUCCAAUCGAGCCUGGUUGAUGGCCGCCGAUUAGUCUACUUGCGUAGGAACAUACCCGUCGCCUAUCAUUCCCAGUAUUCUCCCAGUUGUUGGAAUUGUAGGAACAAAUGUUUGGUGGGGUUAACGUCCCUGUGACUCGCACAAGUGAAUCCAUCAUAAUCAAAGUGCGGUAGUUUUUGCCAUUCCUUCAUUGCUUGAAUUAUGGG